UAAUGUCCACAAAGCAACUACCGGGAAGCGGGAAGUAUUAUAACAGCCCGUCUCAUAUUUAUACAGGACGAUACACGAAUACUUCGCGAUUUUAGAUUUAUUUUUUUUAUUUUUCUAUUAAUUAAUUUUAGUUUGUGCGCAACAUGGAAUCUGUAAAAAACGAAGUUGAAAUCCUAAACAACGAGACCAGUGUAUCAAACGGCACCAAAAUUGAUUCUUUUUAUUUUUACGAGGUGGAACAAUUCACAGUAUUAUGGUUGUUACUUAUUGUGAUAGUAGCUGGAAAUUUAGGAGUAAUCUACACGUUAACCGUGAACAGAUCUAGAAAGAGUAGAAUGAACUAUUUUAUCACUCAUUUAGCAUACGCAGAUCUGUCAGUGGGACUGAUUAGUGUUUUGACAGAUCUAAUUUGGAGGACAACAGUGAGUUGGUACGCCGGCAACGUUGCUUGCAAAAUUAUAAAAUUUCUUCAGAUCGUCGUAACUUAUGCAUCCACAUACGUUUUAGUGGCUCUAAGCAUAGACAGAUACGAUGCCAUCAGACACCCGAUGAAAUUUUCUGGUAGCUGGAGAAGAGCCAAAUGUCUCAUCAUAACUGCUUGGUUGAUAAGCGUUCUGUUUGCAAUUCCAAUUUUGAUACUUUACGAAGAAAAGUUAAUACAAGGGCAAAAUCAAUGCUGGCUUCAAUUCUCUGAACAGUGGAUGUGGAAGUUAUAUAUGACCUUAGUGUCUGUCAGUUUAUUCUGCAUUCCAGCCAUAAUCAUCACGUCCUGUUACGCCAUAAUCAUAGUAACAAUUUGGACAAAAAGUGCCAACAGUUUUCAUAAUAUGAAAAGCAAAAGCAACGGCGAAAGGAAAGGUUCAGACAGUAUGAGAAGGGCCAGCUCAAGAGGUCUUAUCCCAAAGGCUAAAGUCAAAACCAUCAAGAUCACCUUCGUCAUAGUCUCAGUGUUUAUCCUGUGUUGGAGCCCCUACAUAAUUUUCGAUCUGCUACAAGUAUACGAGCAAAUUCCGCAGACCCAAACGAAUAUCGCCAUAGCGACGUUUGUCCAAAGUCUGGCGCCGUUAAAUUCUGCAGCCAAUCCAAUCAUUUACUGCAUAUUUUCGACACAUUUUUGUCGCACGCUUUGGUUGUUACCGCCCUGUAAAUGGAUAUGUAAAAAACGGAAACGUAGACCAAGAGAUUCUACAUUAACCACGACGCAGAGCAGCAGUUUGUCGGAAUUUUUGACCAAUACUCACAAAAAGAGGACCGAUGGAGCUGUAACGCUUGCUCGGAAUCAUACAGUAUUAGUACAUACCAAAAAAUAGGAUACAAUCUUCAAAUAUAUUUAUUCAUGUUGUAUAUCUACG